GCCACACUCUUGCUUUGCUAAACGAUGCCAAACGCUGAAGUCCCUCCGCCACAGGCCCCGCCCUCGUGGUCACUCAACGAGAUACGUUCGCAUAUUCCGGAGAGAUUGUUCAAGCGAAAUACCGCGAAAGCUCUCGGAUACACUGCGCGGGAUCUCCUGCUCGCACUCGUCUUAUUCACUCUUGCCACUCAAAUUGACAAGACCUGCGCAAAUACCCUGCUGUUUUCGCGCGUUGGGCCGGUUGGCAUAGAAACCCUUCGGUAUUCUUUGUGGAUGGCGUACUGGUGGUUCCAAGGCCUUAUAUUCACCGGCCUCUGGGUUAUCGGUCAUGAGUGCGGUCAUGGCGCAUUUUCUGAAGACAAACGACUGUGCGAUGCUAUUGGCUUUAUCAUCCAUAGUUUGCUCUGGACGCCAUAUUUCAGCUGGCGGAUCUCGCACCAUCGCCAUCAUAUGAACCAUGCUUCUAUGGAGAAAGAUGAAGUGUAUACUCCCAAGACUCGCGAAGAUCUGGGCAUUCCAUCCUGCGCUGAAAAGAUCGACUGGGAUGAAAAUUUUGGAGACACGCCGAUAUACACGUUGUAUAUGCUCUUACGGCAACAGCUAUUUGCGUUCGAGGCAUACCUUUUGUGGAAUGUGUCCGGACAGAAAUCUUAUCCCGAAGGCACUAAUCACUUCAAUCCAUCCAGUAUUCUGUUUGAUCCUUCACAACGUACCGCGGUCAUUAUUUCCAACAUCGGAUUGCUCUGCACAACCACACUUGUCUGCUAUCUGUCCUCCCGCUUCGGUUUUCUUACCGUCGUGAAGUUCUACGGUAUCCCCUGGGUCCUCGUGACGCAUUGGUUCGUCAUGAUCACGUACCUGCAUCACACAGACCCGAAGCUGCCACAUUAUCGCCAGAGCAUGUGGAAUUUCCAGCGGGGCGCCGCAGCCACGAUAGAUAGGGACUUUCUUGGGUGGCAGGGGAGGUUUUUCCUUCAUGACGUUGCGCACUUUCACGUUAUACACCACUUCUUCCCCAGAAUGUCGUGGUAUAACGGCGAGGAAGCGACGAGAUACCUCCGGAACGCCAUCGGCGAGUAUUACCAACGCUCAGAAAAACCGGCGUUCCAGGCGCUGUGGGACAACUAUAACUUCUGCCAGUUCGUCGAUAAUGAAGGAGACAUGGUGUUUUACCGGGAUAAGAAAGGAAAGACUAUCAUGGAGUACACGAAAUAGCCAGUGCUCCAUGGGAAGAAUGUCUUACUUAUUUCUAGUCAGGUAGACACAAUGAAUAUAAG